AGCUGGGGGCAAAGAAAAGAAGGGGAUACUGGGCUUCCAGUCUAGUGCCCUAAGCACCACAUCCUGCUUCCUCUCCCUCCCAGAGAGGCUUGGACAGACCCAGCCAAGUGCUGAGACAACUGGAUGCAGAUGCAUUGCCAAAGCGUGAUCUCCACUACAUGCAGUGCCUGGUAUGCCAUGCAGUUCCACUUGCAAUUGGGCAGUGCCUGGAGCUAAUUGAAAGAGCUGAGCCUUGUCCCAAUGGGGAAAUCUGAGAGAGAAGCCAGGAUUUCUUAAACCAGGCUCAUCUCCACCCAGAGGGCUCAGUCCUGUCCUCCAUUACACCAAGGGAAAUCAGGAGAAGCAAGGAAGAGGAUUCAAGAUGACCUUGGCCUGCAGGUUCCCAUGCAACCUCAGCCCAGGACACAAAUGUCUACUGUCUUCUGGGUUAAGAUCACAAGAUUUCUGCUCAGCUGCAGGACCCCACAUGCAAGGGGGAGUCACAGAAAGACUAGCUCUCUCCCAGAAGGCAUAGGCCCCAGGACAAAAGUAAACCUCAGCUGGAGCCAUGAGGAACCUCCCCUAUCCAUGAGACCUCUAGACACAGAAUGAUCCAUCUGGGAGACAGAUGCCCCAUCACCAGGGACAACUCAGCUGAGACUCAGACUCCAAAAAUGUACUGCCAGGAUCAGAACAUGAAGUAAAACCAAGGUCCUGCCUCCUCUUACCCUGAUGGGAGUGCCCUGUGUGCCCAUGUUGGGUGGUACCAAAGGGCAUCUAUACAUGAGCAUGGAGGCUGCUCCAACACACUGGAAUUCCAGCGCGGCACAGCAGACUUGAUUAAUUAAGGCCACUGGAGUAUAGCAAUUGCCAAGCUCCAGCUGCCUUCUAGGUCUCCUGUAUCAGCGUCCCCAUUGAAUGAGCUUUAGGUCAAGUGCCCACACUGCCAUUUUGAAGUGCUGGGACACUGAUAUAGGAAACACAGCGGUACUUUAAUUAGAGUAGUUUUUGGAGCUGUUCUGAUUAAAGCACCCCCACCCCUGGAGCACAACUAAUAGUGCCCAAAAGGUCCAUGGCUCUGGUUUGCUGGCAGCAUGGUUCCAGCAAGGGUGCCAGCAUGAUUAGACGCAGGACAAGAUUGGGCCCACACAAGAAUGAGUGGGUCAGCAGGGACAGAUUCGGGGGUAUUGUUUCCAACACUCACACUUGGGGGCAAAGGACCCUGGCUCAAAGGUCUCUCUUAUCCCAUUGCCUUGUUAGCCAUCCCUACCAUCUGUUCCCUCAUCACAGAUGCAGGAAGUCUUCCUUCCAGAGAAGCUAAAACCCUGCUGUGACACCAAGAGAAGGACUGUGCUUACCCAGCACACAGGUCACACUUGACCUAAACUCCGCUUCUCCUUUGCCUUGGGAUCAUGCCUGUCCUGUGUCCCCUGCACCAUCCAUGCCCUUCCUGGGUACGUGGGCAGUUCCUUCCCCAGAAAGCACAUGUGGGUUUACUCGCUCUGUUUGCAUCACUGAUUCAUUUUUUUCUUCUUAAAAUCCCCAAAUAGUGAAAGCGGUCAGUGCUGCGACCUGACUCUGCGUCACCACUGGCCUUCCCCUAACCAGCCCACAUGAUCUUUCAUUUUAGUGUCAAGGAAACUUGCGCAGCUGCUUCAGGGCGCACCUUCAAAAGCUUCGAAGUCCAAUGGCCAGAGGAAGGAUUUCACAACAUCCUUCUUUUCCUUUUCAAAGCUCUGUUAGGUCUCAUGGCUCAAAGCCGCACUGUGGAGAGAGGGAGUCCAGCCACCUGGGGCCUGAGGGAAGCUUAGAGAUUCACAGGAGGUGAAAUCCCCCAUGCCAAAGCUCUGCAAAUCAUCACCCUCUUGAGCCUGACGCAGUGUGGUGCUGCCCCGCUGGUCCUCAGCAGAGAGAUGAACACUCCUGAGCUGGUCUGGAGAUCUGAUGCUAAUCAGAUCACUGCAGAAAAACAAAGCAAGUUGUCCCUAACGAACACCUGCAUUCUGUUGAACAUCACUGGUGCCACCACUUCCCAAGAAUGGACAUCAAAAAGAGGGAGUAGAGCAGAGAAUGGGGGUCCUGGCUUCCAACACAGCUUCCCCCCAGCCCACUAGGCUAUAAUUUGGCAGACAGAAUCUCCAACAGAAUUAGCACAAGAGGGUCUCAGACCUUCCUUUCCUGUGUCCUUGUGACAAAAUUUGCAUGUUCAUUUCAUUGAAAUCUGACAGGCAGCACCAUGAGCACUGCUGCUAUGGCCUUGAACUUGCAUCCUCUAGGCUGCCUUAGCACCUGCAUCACCCCAGCCAUGCUAGUCUGAAGAUCAUAAGAAAGUAGGGCUGGAAGGGGCCUCAUGAGAUCAUCUAGUCUACCCCCUAAUCCAGUCAUCUAGUCCAGGCUGCUGGCAGUGGUAGCAGUGGCCAGGCCAGCAGCAUGGAGGCUAUUUUUAUGCUCCCUUCCCCCAGAAUUGUGCUGCUGUCUCAGACCUUGCCUCCCUUUCCACACUCAUUUGUCCCUACCAGGGCUAGAAAGAAAGGGCCAGGUCAACAGCUGGUGUAAAUCAGCCUGCACCCAAUGCUCUGGGCCGCUAUAUAUUUUAUACGUAAGUGUGGAGCACAAGCAUGGGAACUGGAGGGUGCUUUCCUUGGCAUACUGAGGUUCAGGGAACCCAUAUUCUUAGCCCAUAUAGCCCGGAAAGGUCAAGUGAGUUGAUCAAGACUGCAUAGGGGAGUCAGUGCUGGAGCGGGAUUAAAAGUUACGGGGCUUCUGGCUCCCUAGUGUAUUCCCUGUCCUGCCGCACAGCAAGGGGUGCAUGCCAGAACAGCAGCAAUAUAAUCCCAGUUUCAAUCCUCAUGCUACGAUGCUGUCAGAUGAGUUUUACUUCCUAUGCAUUGAUGUAGGUUACUUACUCAGCAUCCCAUUUCCUUGUUCCUCGGAAGAUUGUGCCCUGAACUUGUGGUUAAAGAAACUGUGCCAAGACAUUUUAAGUGAACCCAACUGACUCAGCUGUCACUGCCAGUUGGCUGUGCUUGCACCCCUGCUCUGUAAAUCCCAGAGGCUAAAGAUUUGGUCCCUUCCCCCUCUGGGAGUCACUCAGCUGGUACAGGAAAAGCAGCCAGUCCUGGAAAUGCAGGUAGAGAUUUCCCCAUUAGCAUGCCAAAAUCAUUACCCUGAGGCUGUAGGAAAAACUGACAUCAGAUCCACAUCCAUCAGUUUGGGAAAUAAUUGCACUGCUGUCUGUUGGUGCAAGGGCAAUCUCUUGGAGGUCAAGUCUGGAUCAUGCCCAUCAGGUUCUUGCGUGAUAUGAGUAACAUCGCUGAAGAGCACUUCAGUAUCUGUCUUUCCCCAUGGGAGACCGAUCCCCAUCUAAGCAGCAGCAGAACAAGAGGGUGAUUGGGGUUCAAGGCCCUGGCAUGCAACGUCAGACACUGUGGUUCAGUUCCCUGUGGCACCCAUAUGACAGCACUCCAAGCUGAGAGUAGGGCUGCAGUGUGCCAGGUGUAGCAGGUCCACACAGGGUGAAAUUGAGUGUGAGAUCAGUAGCAAGACUCACGUUGAUGUCUAAGGGGCCAGAGAGUCACUUGCACCAACAGACAGCCUCUGCCCCAGAAAUCACUGUCUAUGCAAACAAGGGUGGGAGGUGAAACAGGGCUGCCACACACUUAGCCUGUGAUUCCAGGCAAUUAUUCCAGUAUUUGGAAGACCAAAAUGAGAUGUUUUAAAGGGACCUGAUUUUCCAGAAGCCAGGUGCAUAGUACUGUGGGAAAAUCACAGCCCCCAUAAUAAGGGACUUCAAAUAGGCCAUGUGAAAUAAUUUAUCCCUUAGAGAGUCCCAUGCCUCAGUUUCUCUGUCUGUGGAUAACAAACCUACUUCAUAGGGAUGUGCUCAUAGUGAGUAAGAUCCACAGCCUGCAUGCCACAGUGAAGGCCUCCAAAUCUGUGGCAGAGAGAUAUACCAGGAAACAAUGGCAGGUAACUAAAGGUAAUUGUAGGUGCAGCAUAUGACGCAGGAAAGAAUGUCAUUGGUUCUGCUCGAGUUUAAAGCAAUAAGGAAAGUGCAACAUAAAGGUUAUUUCACCUCCUCCUUCAUGAUCUGCUGAUAGCACUAAACUAACAAAUCCCUAAUUCUUAAGAUGCUUGAGAAGAAAGACACUAUUCAAGCCCAGUAAUAAAAAAGAAUCUAAAAAACAGGAAUUAAAUCAGCAAGUAAGUAAACACACAUACUGAAGGCCAGGUGGAACACUUAGAAGGCACCUGCAUCCCAUUGAGUCCCAUUUAUUUGGUUGGGUGCCAUUUUAUUGCUAGGUCAGAACUCUUAAGUUGAAAUUGGGAAGUGGAUUUUGUAAGCAAACCACACCCUGAUCAGUUCUGAGACAUCAUUUCAUCUCCCAAAUUAAUCUUUGAUGGGAAUGAAGGAAGUGGCUGAUAUUUUGGGGAGCAGCUUUUUUAGGGUGGCCUGAAAGGGCAAUAACAAUCGAUUAAUUACACAAAAGGAGGGAGCAACUCUCAGACACUACAAGAAAAGAAGAAAAAAGAAAAAAAAGAAAAAAAAAAAACAAAACAGUCCAGGGCUGUCCCAGAGGAAUUACAAAAUAACAAAAUUUUUGCUAAAGAAAAAUCUAAAUGAAAAACAAAUGAUCCCCACAAAUUAAAAUUCCUAAUAUGUUAUUUUCAGAAAAAUGUAUUUGCAUAUUCACUGAUUAGUAAUAAUUGCCUCAUCUUAUUACAUCAGCGUGAAUUCCCUGAGUCUCCUAUAAAUAUCAUAAUCAAUUGGAGUCUCACAGCAUUCACGAACAAAAAGGACUGGUGCAGCCCUGCGUCUGUCUUACACCCUUUCCCAGCGCACCGUCAUAAAACAAGUGGGAGGAGAUACCAAAAGGCUUUCAGGCACUAGAAUGAAUCCUCUGAGAAGUAAGUAUAAGCUCUUCACCCGACAGCAACAGAAAUCAUAGGCACCAUUUCCUAGUUGCAAACUGCUUGGAUUUACUAUAUGCAAGGGGUCUGGUAAGUUUAUUUUUGGGACUAGCAACUCCUGGGUUGACUUCUGGGGGAGGCUUGGAUAGUUUUUACGAUUUAAAAAACAUUUUUUCUCCCCCCUCCUCCCUUCCUUUUCUAUUUACAAUCAGGAAAAUUAUGCCAGUAAGGAUAAAAAAAGUCUAAGAGAUGUACAGUUUAUGCAGGCAGGAAGUACCUUCUGAAUAUACAUAGCAAGGGGUGUUUCACUCUCAAAAAACUUUUAGAGUUCUGAGCAUCAGAAAAUAGAGGGGAUUUAAACCAACUGGCUGAUGUGAUUUUAACUAAAAGAGCUUUGAUAUGUAACUGCAUUUUGUUAAACUAAGAUCCUUGAGUAGGAAUGUGUUAGAAAUAUUACAUGGGAACACCUCCCCUUGAAGGUUCUUCAGGGUGGGGACUGUCUCUUACUGUGUAGAUGUACAGCACCUGGUACAUUGGGUCCAAUCUCUUUCGGGGCUGCCUGUUGUUACUGUCAUACUGACAUGAUCUCAUCUGAAUGAACAGUGAGAUCACUUUUCUAUCUCUGUAUUCUGCACCUCUGGAUUCUUCAGCACUUACCCAACUCACGUUGCUUCUCUCUCUCCUCUCCUCAUCUCCAGCUAUUCCAUCCUUGCUGUUGAGCACCCUGCUGUGCUUGAAAUACAUCAUGCUGCAUGCAGCUCCCCUGUCGGAGUUCUCAGGGGACCAGGGAUUCCAGCUGUUUCUGCAGAAGAACUUGGAAUUCACUCGCAAGAUCAAAAUGGAUGUUGAGACCGUGCGGCAGCACAUGUGCGAUAACUUUCAACUCUGCAAGGAGGAGGAGCUCAUGCUUGUCAAGCAGAACCUCAACAUCUUCCAGCCAUCACUGAAUCAGUGUCUGAGCAAGCCCUUCCAAGUGGAUGUCUGCUUCAGCCAAAUACGGGAGGGACUCCAGACCUACCACGGCUACCUCUCCACCAUUGCCCAGCUCCUGCCCGGUCACUCCACUCAAGUGGAAGGCCUUCAACUGGAUACCUCCAAUCUCUCCACCAAUAUCCAACAGCAGAUAGAGGCUCUCGGACUGAACAUGGGGAUGGUGACAUACCCCAAGGAGGAAGGCCAAGGCACCCUCCUCACCUUCUCAUCCCAGUUCUACCAGCAAGCCGGAGGAUACAUCAUCCUUGCCAACUUCCAGCUCUUCCUGGACCUUGCCUACCGGGUGCUGCGUCACCUCAUCAUGCCAUAACGAGGCACAAGGCACUCCACCCAUGGGGAGGCACUGCUCUCAUUGGCAUCACAGCACCUUCCCCAAGGAGUAGCUGCAGAUUCUGAAAUCUAAAGGGCACAUUUACAAAUAGAAGUUUCCUAAUACAGGAGCUGGGCGGACUGGGGAAGCAUUUAGGGCACUCUAUUCUCAGGAAGAUUCUCUAGUCCUUCAACAUCAAAACCUUCUUUCCACCUCAAACUGUCACAGUGACAACUUAGCCUCUUCCUUGUUUAUUGGCUGGAUGGUCUUGCCACCCUUGUUUGAACAAGGACAAAACCCAGUGCCUGCCUAUAUGCUCCUACCCUGGUUACUAUUUCUGAGGCAUGUAUGGUCCUACUUUACCCUUAUUUAUUUCUCAUUCCCAAGCCAUACUGGUGCCUCCUGGCACACAGUCCCAAGACUAACCCCCAUUGGAUCCAGCUACCCAGCAUAUUUAAUAUUUAUCAUUAUUUAAUAUUUAUGCAGCUUUUAGAACUCAGAGGUGAUGCAUUUAAAUCUGGGGGCUAUUUUUAAGGUUAAAAAAAAUCAUUCUGAGUCUUGGGUGUUGGCACCAAACAUGUUGCAGCAUCAGGAAGCCUAGAUACAAGGCAAACAGCUGCACUUGGGCUGCGAUUCCUGCAUAUUUUUAUAUGUGCACAGUGUAGGUACUGUUUAAUAUUUAAACAAGUGAGUAUCCCCAUAAUGGAGGUUUUUGCUGUUUGGGAGCUGGACUGAGCACGGAACUGGGAGUCAGGGGCUCCUGGACUUUAGGGCCAGCUAGACACAGGCUCCUUGUAGGCCACAAAUUGUACUGCAGUUUCCCCAUCUGUAAAAUGGGGGUGCUACUGUUUACCUGCUUCGCCGAUGUGUUGCGAGGCUUACAUGGUUAAUGUUUGAAAAAGGGGCGAUAUGAAGAGUGAGAAGGUAGGAUGGGAAAGGGACUGGGGUGGAGGGGGGGUGGGCUCUUUAGUGAGAUCUCAGCCCCAAGGAAGGGCAGGCUCUGCACUCUGCAGACUCUCACUGACCUCCCCAAAUCUGAGAUCUACCCAGCCCCCUCUGCAAGCUCAACCACUUUCCUCCUUGUUACUGCUUCUGUCCUUGCCACAACACAAACCAACAUUUUAGCACAAUGCUGUAAAAGAAGUUGGAGUGAGCACAGAAUGGAGCUGUGGGGUUUGGGGUUUACUUCCCAACUCUGCCAUGGAUGAGCUGCAUGCACUUCAGCAUGUCACAGGAACAUGGGAGUGGAAGAGAAUCAUCCAGGUGACUGAGUUCAGAUCCCUCUUUGUGCCUUACUUUAAUAUGGAGAGAAUUUCCUUCCUCAGUGGCUGAAGACACUUUAAAGGAUAUUUCCCUUUGUUGGUUGUGGUUGGAGCAGGGACAGGAUCAGUCAAUGCUGUUUUUAUUACAAGUACAUUUACACAAGCUGCAAUUAUUAGUUAAAAGGCUUGCCAAGAGAUGAGAUGGUAACAGGCACCAUAAUUGUGGUGCAUAUGUAAUUUCACCUUCAUUAAAACUAGGCAGCCUUUUUGUAACUUUUUUUUUUUUUUUUUACAAGUGUACAAUCCAAUAUUCUUUAUAACUCUCACAAACUAUUUAUUGUUUCCUUUCACUAUAAACUAAUUAUUUUAUUUAUUAUAAUUUAUUUACAUGAGUCUUUAUUCCUGUUGCAUACCACCAUCCCUUUCCGUUGGGUUAAUCCAGAAUUCCACUAGAUUGGAACGACUCCUAAACUCUAUUCACAUCCAAACUGGAGUCAUUCAGAUUGGAUUGUGCUGGAGAGGUUUAUGUUGCUCGAAUGUUUUCAAUGUGUCACUGCCUCACAGGGCACAAGCAUGUGGAUACACAUGGGACUAUACUGGAUUGUACUACUCUCCAAACCAUCAGUGCACCCAGAUGAAGAAGGAAAACCCCUGAAUGUUUGCAGUUUUGUUUAAAAGCAUAGUUUUCAUUGACCAAUUAAAAAAAAAAUUAUCAGAAUUUUAAACUUAGCCAAAUGACAGGUGGAAUGUAUUAUUUUGUAACUGUCUGUUUAUAUAAUAUAUAUUUUACAUUUUUCUAUUUAUUGUUAUGCACAGACCAAAUCCACUGUAUUUUUUUUAUUUAAAAAAACUAAGGAAAUAAAGAUAUUUUUGUUGC